GGCAGGGACGCAGAGGGACCCCGGAGGACACAAGGUCCCCAGCGGCGCACUGAGCUCAGUCCUGGAGCCCAUGAGUUGGGGUCGCUCACCCCGCGGAGAGACCGAGAGCGGCAGGCCCGGCGGGUCUCACCUUGGGGGAAGGGAGCCUGAGCUCCAGGGCACACAGUGACCUCCUCCGGCCCUGGCAGUCGGGCAGCCCUGUCCCCCACCUGCGGAAUGCAGAGGACGGAAGCGGCACCCGCCCCUGGCCUGUUUUCAGGGUGCAGGACGCCGCGGCAGUGGCUGCCGAGAAGAAGCUGCGUCUGGGUGAAACCCACCCUGCGUCUCCUGAGCCGCUGCCCAACCAGGCUGGCGCAGCCUCGCCGCCGCGCCUGUCUUCCCUGACCCGCUCCACCAGCAGAGCAGGUCGUCUGAGCAGUAGCAAGCCCCACCCACAGGGAACUCGGAGAUCGCCCUUUGGAAUGACAAAGAAGCAUGGCCUAGAACUGUUCUGCUUAAUUGUCCCUCAUGCUAAAUAGGCGGAUCGCCAGGCGUCGCCAAGGAGGGGGCUGCUAGGGGGAUGAGCUGAAAAGCGCAGAGGGGAGAGACCAGCCACUGCCCACGUGCUGUGACCCAAGGGCCACCGGGGACCCUCCCCCGCCCUGGGGCGACCCCGCUCUGGGGCUCCAGCCCUCUCCACCACACCUCCGCCCCGCCUGGCGCACUGCCGGGUUUGCCCAAUUCCCCGGACCAGACCGAGCGGCCGCCGCGCUGAGGACACGCCGCCGGCUCCAGCCCAUUAGUCCGGGCUGCUCCCGACCCACCCCUACCCGUGGGGCUCUCGCGGGCCUGGCCGGAGGUCGCCAGCUGGGCAGGUGCAGCCGGGAGCAGCGCGCGCUCGUUUUGUCAGGAAGAAGUUUAAGUUGGAAGAUAACAUGCGAUGGCUGCCAUUCUGGGCCAUGCUCCUCCACAGCUGCGUCCCCAGAGCAAGAGGCUGCGCAUACAGAAAGGGUGGACCAGAUUGUGAGGUGGAGCCUACGGACCAGAAGGUCUUCCAACACAGACACAGCAGAUGAAAUCACAAUGAUGGGACAUGUGGUCAAGGGGGAAAAGCAGUAGUCAGUAGAAGUGUUGGAGGAGACCAUGGAGAGCAUGUGACCCACGAGCUGGACUCUGGCCACCAGAGGCCCCUAACCCCCUCCCCAUCUUUGGAAUGCGUGUUCUGCUUGCCUUCCUCACGCCAGAAGCUGCCCAAGGACAGAACUCUGAAAUAGUCCUGUGGUGCUGAGACUGUCUGGACAGUGUACAUAAUGGAGCCCAGUUUAGUCCUCUGUAUAAACUUUAGGAUUCUGGCAGGCGGUGUGUGGAGGUCUGUUAUCCUGCAGCCACCCAAGACAAGCCUGAUGUAGAGCUGUGGAACCAGAAUAGCAUCUGAAGUCAUUCUAGACUCUGGCCCUGUGUCCCUGCAGCAAUUUGACAUGGAAACGGCAGCCAGGGUGCUGUGGGGCAGCCUUGGCCUGCUCCGCCUGGUGUGGUGUCUCCUUCCACAGACAGGCUACGUGCACCCAGAUGAGUUCUUCCAGUCUCCCGAGGUCAUGGCAGAGGACGUCCUGGGCGUCGAGGCCGCCCGGCCCUGGGAGUUUCACCCCAGCAGUGCCUGCCGCACGGUGGUCUUCCCACUGCUGACCUCUGGCUCUGCCUUCUGGCUCGUCAGGCUCUGGGAAGAGUGGGGUCCAUGGCCGGGCGUGGUGAGUGGCUACGUGCUGCUGGUGGGGCCCCGACUCCUCCUCACCGCCCUCUCCUUUGCCCUGGACCUGGCCGUGUACCACCUGGCUCCAGCCUGGGGGGCGGAGCGCUGGAACGCCCUGCUCCUGCUGUCGGGUUCCUACGUCACCCUGGUCUUCUACACAAGGACCUUCUCCAACGCCAUUGAGGGACUGCUCUUCGCCUGGCUGCUGGUACUGGUGUCCCCUGGGGUGCCCAGGAGCUGCACACCCAGGAAGCCCGCUCCAGGCCCGCGGUGGCAUGGCUGGCUUCUUGGGGGCCUCGUGGUGGCUGGCUUCUUCAACCGGCCCACCUUUCUGGCCUUUGCUCUGGUCCCCCUCUUCCUCUGGGGCACUUGCGGAGCCACAGAUCCCAGCUUCAAGUCGUUGACCCAGCAAGCCCUGGUGCUGCUCCCGGGGGCAAUCCUCACUGCAGUGGCAUUUGUGGCUGCGGACAGCUGGUACUUCUCCAGUCCAUCUAGACCCAGCACCCUUGUCCUUACGCCUGUCAACUUCUUGCACUACAACCUGGAUCCAGUGAACCUGGCAAGGCAUGGCACACACGUGAGGCUCACUCACCUGGCUGUCAACGGCUUCCUGCUCUUUGGGGCGCUGCACGCCCACACCCUGCGGGCCGCGUGGCAGCAGCUGCAGGCUGGCCUGCGGGCCUUCGCCCAGAUGGGCUUCCCAAGGGCGCUGGGAGCCUGGAGCCCGCGGCCCAGCCCCAGGUCUCUCCUCCUACUCUUCUACUUCAUGCCCCUCGCCCUCCUGUCUGCCUUUAGCCACCAGGAGGCUCGCUUCCUGAUUCCCCUCCUGGUGCCCCUUGUCCUGCUCUGUAGUCUGCAGACCCAGCUGGCCCCCUACAGGGGCACCCUGGCCCUCUUCAACAUCCUGGGUGCCCUCUUCUUCGGCUGUCUGCACCAGGGGGGCCUCGUGCCUGGCCUGGGGCACCUGGAGCGGGUGGUUCAUGCCCCUGAGCCCUUGCGUGUACCCACCCACUUCACACUCGUCUUCACCCACACCUACAUGCCCCCCCGGCACCUCCUGCAUCUCCCGGGCUUGGGCUUGUCAGUGGAUGUGGUGGACAUGGGCGGGGCUGAGGACGGGGUCCUGUGCCAAGCCCUGAAAAACUUCACCAGACACCCAUCCUGCCAAGUGGCUGGGGGGCCGUGGUUCUGCCGCCUGUUUGUGGUGACCCCUGGCACCAGCAGGCCGGCCGUGAGGAAGUGCCGCUUCCCACUCAGGAGUGAGACGCUCAUCUUUCCCCACCUGACCCUGGAGGACCCACCAGCCCUGUCCUCCCUGCUGAGCAGUGCUUGGAGGGACCAUCUCAGCCUUCAUAUCCUGGAGCUGGGGGAGAAGCCUGACAAUAUGACACAGAAGCCACUGCCCAAGACAGCCCCAGGUGAGGGCCCCAUUCCACCUCUAAGUGUUGGCUGGACUGGGACAGAGCCCUGAUUCUCUUCCUUUCCUUUCCUUUCCAAAAUUCCCACCACUGCCUCUCCUGUGGACAGCCUUUGACUCUUCCACUUCCUGGGUAAAACUGACAUCCACUUCCCCUCCAAAACCAAAGAUCUGAUCAGUCAUGGUCCUGAUGCCAAGGUCCCCAAAGAACCUAAUGUAAUCACUGAUGCCAAAUGUCUAUUCCUGCCCUAUUCCUUCCAGUUACUGUAAUGUUUUAAACAAAUAAAUUGCACCUGAUUGUGAAAGAAGACAGCAAUCUCCUAA